AUGUUCUCGACUUUUACUGGCAGUUCGAGGCGUCCCCGGAAUGUCAACCUGAGCGGGCAAGCCGGUAACCCCUUUGCCAAUACAUCAUGGAGUCCGGCUGUCGUCUCCAACACAACGAAAACCGUAUCAGAUGCACAGGCCGAGCGAGAGAAGCGGCACUUGGAAAGGCAAAGAUUAAAAGCUGCUGGCAGGAUCCAACGAACAUGGCGCGGUCACCUUGCACGGCGCAAUUUGGCCGAUGAAAGACGAGUUGUCUUUGAUAACUUGUAUCGCAAUUCUUCAGGAAUUUCCGUGGCUGAACGUCUGCCUGUUGCUUUUAACCUUCUGCUCUCCUUCUUCUCCCGACGAUCCGACGUUGAUAUCCAGAGAUCUUGUUUGUUUGCACGAGACUGCGAAUCAGCACAUACCGAACAUAUUGCCCCGCGCGGUGUCCAUAGGUCACGCCUCGGGCAACUGGCUAGUAUUCUUGUUUCCACAUUGCAUUUUGUGGCUUCAGAAAAUCUCAGGGCGCUGACUUCAGACGUCUCGAUCCUCCUGAAACUCAUCACCCGACUGACAGUCUACGACUCUCAUGCGAUGAGAAACUCGCUUGACCAAUACUACACUGCCCUCGCCAGUCUAUACAGCAAACGAGAAGCUGAAAAAUGGAACGAGCUGUUGUUCGCGUCUCUGGCAACGCCUCUUCAGGCUAAGUCGGGCAGUAGGGCUGCCUAUAAAGCUCUUGCAUUCAAUUUCUUUACGAGAGGCGACUUGUAUCUUUUCGAAAACAACAACCUCCUCCUAUCCCGGGCAAUUAAUGCUGGCAAGCUCGCCGAAUCCAUCUGUUCUGUAUAUGGAUCCUCGCCUCCGACAUUGCCAUCCAGGGGCAGUCUCCUGUGGCUGUUGGCGCAUUAUAUUGGUCUUGGUCGUGCCUCGCUCGAUUCAUCCGCCAGGCUCGCCUACCUAAGAGCUCUUUUGGUGCAAUUAUCAUUUCUAUCAUCAGAGAUCAGUAUAAGAAUGAGCUUCAAACCCCAAGUCGACGAUUCGGACGACGAAAUUGAGCGCAGCUCGUUGCGGGCCCUUGCGCCAUAUAUCUCCUCCCAACUGCUAUCACUUGUAGAUCAUGAUGGAAUAUCCAAUGUUCUUUCUGACUUUUCGUCCAACUUGGCUCGUUCUGCCACAGAGGAGUCUUAUGGAACCAGCCUACUCGCGGGCUACAUAUUAACUCUUCUGCACUGCUUUCCGGCUAAAGCUGAUGAUACAAGAAUGAGAUUGUUUCUCGAGCAAAUACCGACUGUCACCGGACACGUGCCUACGGUUAAAUUCCUUUGGCAGAUUAUGCGACAGACUUCGGUAUUUACGAAAUUAAGAACAGAGUCAGAAAACCCUCUGGAAGUCAUCCGCCGGUAUUUACAAAGCUCGUCCCAGUUGUCACAGGAUAGUACCGAGGAGCAAGAGUGGCGAGUGAUUCUUCUCUUUUUGGAGCUUUAUACAUUUAUCCUGCGCCUUAGCGAUGACGAGGACUUUUUAAGUGGUAUGAAGACGCAAAUUAUUGAUAGUGGUGCUUCUGACUCUCGUCUUCGUCAAUGUAGCCUAUCACUGGUGGAUGUUGAGGCCCUGACAACCUUCUUGAAAAACGCAGCUUUCGUCCUUCUCUAUCAGGCUAGAGACCUGUCACAGUCACAGAAGACCACAGACACAGCAACAAAAUCACGACUUGACUCAUAUUUUGGAGCUGAAAAGCACAGAUCGGUAUCUGCAGAGAUAGCCACGUCACCUGCGUCCACAAAGGUUGAUCUGGAUGGCCUUCGUGCUAUCAUAACCACAGCCAUCAAAAUGCUCUAUGAAAGGGACUCGAGAAAACAUUUCCUCCCGAGAGAUCACUGGUUGAUGAAUGCCAAGCUUCAACAAGAAGACUUUAUCAAUGCCGUUAUCACUGAAGAGGAACGACAGAGUCAUGAAGAAGCAGAGACCGAAGAUAGCGACGAAGAGGAGGUCACUGUGAGUGAAGGCUUCAACCAAGAAUCUAUUCUUUAUUCAACUAUGGCGGGCCAACGGUUGUCUCGCCAUGCUCGAUUAGAGAGACUGAAGAGACAACAAAUACGCGCCCAGAGGGAGCGAAGGCUGGCCGAAAUGGGUCCAAAGUUGGAGAUACUAAAGCACAUGCCCUUCGCAGUUCCUUUUGAAACUAGAGUCAAGAUUUUCCGCCAGUUUAUUAACCUGGACAGAAUACGACAGGAUGGGAACAGCCCCUUCGGGCCUGCACACCCCUUCUCCAGACACUAUGCCAAAAUUCGACGCGGCCGGCUCUUCGAGGAUGCGUUCAACCAAUUCUACCAAAUAGGGGACGGACUCAAAGAUACCAUUCAAAUCACCUUUGUCGACCAAUUCGACACACCCGAAGCGGGUAUCGACGGUGGUGGUGUGACCAAGGAGUUUCUCAUUGGUGUAACCUCUGAGGCUUUUGGAAACACUGAAGGUGGCGCUGGGAUGUUCAGCUCCAAUGAACAAGGGCUGCUUUUCCCUAAUCCUACAGCUGUUGACACACUCCGCGAAUCCCUUUGGCGACGAGGCCUAAAACAAGACGAUGACGAGUAUAGGGACAAAGUGAAUGCUUUAUUGAGGCGAUUCGAAUUCCUCGGGCGCAUUAUCGGCAAGUGCCUAUAUGAAGGUAUUCUGGUGGACUUGGCGUUUGCUGGUUUUUUCCUCCUGAAAUGGCCAUCCGCUGGUCCCAAAGACGAAAACACAUACAAAGGGAACAUUAACGACUUACGAGACAUGGACGAAGAACUGUACAAGGGCUUGCUGCGACUGAAGAACUAUCCUGGUGAUGUAUCUGAACUAGGCUUCGACUUCACCGUCACAGACCAGGUCUCUCCACCUGGCGCUCCGGUCAAAACCAUUACUCGAAAACUGAUCCAAAACGGCGACGAAAUCCUUGUUACGAAUGAUAAUCGCCUUCUCUACAUUUCCUAUGCUGCUCGCCACCGGCUUGUCGUCCAACCAGCUCUCCAAACCACUGCUUUCCUCCGCGGUCUCCGGUCAAUCAUCCCCCCAUCAUGGCUCUCCAUGUUCAAUCAAUCUGAGCUUCAACGCCUCGUGGGUGGAGAUUCCUCCGAAAUUGACAUUGAAGACCUCCGUCGCAAUACCGUGUAUAGCGGACUCUACGAAAUUGGGGAUGACAAUGAAGAGCAUCCUACUAUCAAGUUGUUUUGGAAAGUCAUGGGGGGUUUUACAGACACCCAAAGAAGAGAUGUUCUCAAAUACGUCAGCUCGACACCUCGUGCACCAUUGCUUGGGUUCGCACAGCUCCGUCCGAAAUUCAGCAUCAGAGAUGGAGGUACUGAUGAAGAGAGACUUCCGAGUACCAGUACUUGUGUCAAUUUAUUGAAACUACCUAUAUAUACGAGCGAGGAAGCUCUACGAGAGAAAUUGUUAUAUGCGGUCACAUCAGGAGCGGGAUUUGACUUGAGCUAG